AUGUUUAAACAAAUUAAAUUUAUUCAAAAAUAUUCGAAAAAAAUUUUUAAACAACCCGAAAUAACUUAUUCAAUAUUUAAUUGUAUUUCAAAACGUGGAUAUUAUACAAAUAACGAAGAGACAAAAAACAUCGAAACUGAUUCUUCACAGAAUCAUACAAUUUUUGAACCAUAUGCGUUAAGUAACACACAAAGUAUAAUUUUAAAUCGUAAACAGGAACAUUUGUACGAUAUAUUAAAUGUUGGAAGUAGGGAAGGUUUCGAUAUUGUAACAGAAUGCCCAAAAUUACGUAAACUUCCUUUAAGUGUUAUAAAAGAACGAGUUAAAUUUUAUUCAGAAAAGGGAGUUAGUAUGCAAAUUUUAUUGAAAUAUCCUUGGCUGUUAACUCUCCCGGAAGAUAAAAUCAAACCAAAAUUAAAAGUUAUUGAAACUUUACCUUUAACAUUUAAUGAAUCCAUUUGUUUUCUACGACAAAAUAAUAUUAGACUUCUAAACAAAGUGUGUAAAUCAUUAGCCGCAGAAUACAAUGAAACAAAAAUAAAUCGAAUGCGAUUAGUCGCAGAAAAACUGCAGUGUCCAGUCGAUGAAGUUUGCUAUGCAACUGCAAAUUAUCAUUUUUUUCCAGGAAUAAAAAUAGAACGUUUGAAUACUGUUUUAAAUAUACUUAAAAGUAAAGAUGUACCCACAGAACAAAUUUUAAGAGAUUUUUGGAUAUUUAAGUAUAAAAGCCAAACAGUUGCUAGACGAUUAAAUGCCGCUAAAGAUGCAAAUGUUGUAAAUAUUAGAACAUGGAUGGUUCGUUGCCAGGCUGAUGCUUAUGAUCGGAUGUUAUCGAGACAUCGACAAAACAAACAAGUGUUGGGAAAUUUACCAUCAAUCACCGAAUAUUUAUCGGAUCGAUUAAACUUAAACAUGUUAUAUGCACAGGCCAUCACCGAAAAACAUCCAGAAAUUAAACGAAUGAACAUAACAAAAGCGAAAAAUGUGAUUGAUUAUAUAUUCGCUGAGGAAUAUACUCAUAUGCAUAUAAUUCGAUCACCACGUAUUCUAUGUUGUAAAUUAGAAACAAUACAAAAACGUUUGCAGGCAUUUAAAGAAAUCAAUUAUAAACCGUCAUCGUUAGUUAUUUUAUGUAAGAGUCAAGUACAAUUUGAU